AGUUUACGUGAUGGAUUCGUGAUCUCAUUUUUACUCUCAUGAUUUGGGCGUUUAUUUUCCAUUCGUUUUUACCAUAAUUAGGGUGGUAACACCUCUACAUUCUUCCACACGGCACCUUAACACAGUAAGGAUGCAGUUCAUGCUGCUCUUCAGUCGGCAGGGGAAGCUGCGUCUGCAGAAGUGGUACGUCGCGAAGCAGGACAAGGAUAAGAAGAAGAUUGUGCGUGAGCUGACAACAAUGAUCCUCACACGAAAACCCAAGAUGUGCAGCUUCCUCGAGUGGCGAGACCUGAAGAUCGUCUACAAGAGGUACGCUAGCCUGUAUUUCUGCUGUGCGAUAGAGGACACGGAUAACGAGCUCAUCACAUUAGAGAUAAUUCACAGAUACGUCGAGCUGCUAGACAAGUACUUUGGAAGCGUGUGUGAACUGGACAUCAUCUUUAACUUUGAGAAGGCGUACUUCAUGUUGGAUGAGCUGCUCCUCGCUGGAGAGAUGCAGGAGACCAGCAAGAAGAACGUGCUCAAGGCCAUCGCCGCUCAGGAUCUGCUGCAGGAGGAGGAAACUCCACAAGGGUUCUUUGAGGAUCACGGUCUCGGUUGAUGCACCUCUCGUCUGCUCCAACGGCGCCACCUGCAGUCUCCACCGCAAAUCUAUUUCGUUGUUGCGUCUUUCGCUUACCUGUGUCGCAGUAGCGCCCUCUGUCUGUGUCGUCGUCGUUUUCACCGCCGGCAUAUAACCUGCGCGUAAAGGAUUGUUCUAUUGUUUUUGUCUGUAUCUUCUUAUCGUGUCUCGCAUAAUCUCUACGUUCGAAUCUCGUCUCGAGUACUCCAACAGGUGGCAGCAUCAGCAUGCACUCUGCCAGGGUUUUGAGCACUGAUCUCUUUAUACUAACUGGAUAGCUCUUAGUGGCCAAUAGAUGAAGUCACCAGACGCCAUGACACCACUCCUCGAACUAGCGUCAGGCCAAUAGGCUGAGCCGAAUUUUCACGUGACCCGUGACGUCACAUCCAAAACCACUAUGACUAAAAGACCAUCAUAUCUUUUGUCUGUCUUUUUCACGCUAUAUAUAUAUAUAUAUCUAUCUAUCUAUAAAUAUAUAGGAAUUCUGUCAUGUAUUUAUCAAAGCUUGUUUUCAUGAAAAAUCAACUGCAUUUUGUCAUUAUCCAAUUGGAAAUGUUGUGGUGCGCACUCCGGCAGAUAUAAGCUUUUGGGAGUGGUGGCAAGAUGGCGGCAGUGACGUCACUUUGUUACUAAUCGUGGAUAGGCUAAAGCACUAUCCAGAUACUAUAUAGAGAUCAGUGGUUAUGAGCAUAAAUUCCAUGCUGCCACCUGGUGGCGAGGUGUGUCCCCGGUGUGACGUGACUCACUAGGCUGCUAUAAGCAUGUUAGGUGAGUUUAUCUGCAAUGAUCCUAUGCACUGUGGCAAGGUAGAUAGGUAGUCGUAAUAAAGGAAGGAGUUAAGGGAUAAAGUUUGAUAAGUUGAGUUUCAUCCAACGAGGUAACGCCCCGGUGUUACACUGUAAUACAUUGUAACACCUUGCAAUACAAUCAAACACCUUGUAAUACCUUCUAACACUUUGAAAUAUCAUGUGAUUUUCCUUCGUGUCAAUUCUGUAGUACAUUUAUCAUCAUGCCGUCUGCGUGUCUAGGUUGUGGCCGUAUUUAAAAUUUCACGCAAGGAAUGGUCGAUUCUUUUUCGAAAUAAGCACUUUGCUACAAAUACUUGAGCUUGUAUGUAAAAAGUAUGAUAUUUUGUAGUGAAAACCACGCGCAGUAUGUACGAACCAUCGCGGCAGUUGUACUACACGAACUUUCAAUAAUACACAGUCAAUGUAUUGAUGAAACAAUAUUAAAGGUAUAGUAGCCACAUUAAAAAUAAUAAUGAUAACAGUGUAUAAUAAAAAAGUAAUGAAUUUAAA